AUGGCACUUAUAUCUAAUGAAUAUUAUGAGGAUAUCGAUUAUACAGUGUCCGAUUAUUGGGCAAAUGAUCCGAUUGUUCAAGAAGCUCUUUAUGUUAGAAAGGGAAUGAUAAAAAGGUGGAAAACGUGCUAUUAUGGAAUAUCCUAUGAAAAGAAUGUAGAAAGUGUUCUUGAAUAUCAUAAAAUUUUCACCAAGAAAGGAUACCAUGUUUUGGUAUUCAACGGUGAUCACGACAUGGCAGCACCAUAUAUGGGUCCUUUAAAUUGGAUUCCCAUUCUUAAUCUGACUAUUGAUGACAAUUGGAGACCUUGGCUUGUUAAUGGACAAGUUGCGGGAUACACAGAGAAGUACAAGACGAAUAAUUUUUAUCUCACAUUUGCGACAAUCAAGGGCGCAGGGCAUGCAGCAUCAAGGUUUAAGCCUAAAGAAAGUCUAGUGAUGAUCACCCGGUGGCUCUCUAGAAGUUCUUUAUAG